AUGCUAAGACCUGUGUUUGACAGGUCCUGGAGCAGCAGUGACUUCCGACCCUCUGCUGAAGUAUUUGGGAAGAAUGGAGUGUUGGAGGAACAGAAAUCUCCAAGAUUCAAGAAAAGAGAGACAGAGGUGUAUGUUGGCAAUCUCCCGCUGGAUAUCUCUGAGGAGGAAAUUCGGUGCCUUCUAAAGGACUUCAACCCUCUCCAUGUCCGCAAAAUCCAGAAUGGCUGCAAAUGCUUCGCAUUUGUAGAUGUGGGCUCCAUGCAGAAAGUGGCGCUUGUGAUCCAGGAGCUGAAUGGGAAGCUCUUCCGCAAACGAAAACUGUACGUGAAUUCCAACAAAAGGUCUCCCAAGAGGACCCUUGAUGUGACUGAGUGGACUCAGGAACUGCUGGGUUUGGAGAAGGCCUCUGGUCAAGGAUUUGCUGGAACCACUGCUUGUACACAGCUCGUUUCUAAAGCUUCUGUUGACCCCUGUAAGACAGAGAAACCGAGGACAAGCAUCUUUGCAGUUCCCAUGGAAAUGAGAGGGUCCUUCUUGGUGCUGCUCUUGAGGGAAUGCUUCCGAGACCUGGGCUGGCUGGCCACCAUCCACAGCAUCGGCGGGGACGUGGGGCUGUUGGUGACUAGUAUUGUCCCUCAGACCCCCUUCUUCUGGGCCAUGCAUGUCACGGAGACGCUGCACCAGAACAUGCAGGCGCUGUUCAGAGCCCUGGCCGAGGCAGAGGAGCAGCAGCCCUACCUGCACGACUCAGCUGUGCGGCGCGGGACCCGCUGUCUGGCCGAGUACCAACUGGGUGAUUACGGAUGGGCCUGGAACAGGUGCUGGGUGCUGGACCGAGUGGACUCCUGAGCUGUUGUCAUGUUCAUCGAUUUCGGCCAGUCGGCCACCAUCCCAGUGCAGUCCCUGCGCAGCCUGGAUAGUGACGACUUCUGGACCAUCCCCCCGCUGGCUCAGCCAUUCAUGCUGGAGAAAGAUAUUUGGAGUUCAUAUCAGGUUAUCCAUCGCAUCCUCAAAGGGAAAAUCAAUGGUGCUUUGAACUUGGAGUCGCACAUCCUAAAGUUUGAAGAGUUUAAAUAA